UUAAAAAUUACAUAAAUUUUUCGUUCCGCCGCGAAGUGCGGGCCUUCACUAGUUAAGGAUAAAACAUAUCCAGUUCGUGGGCACCGCGUUGAUCGCUUCGGUCUACUCCUCCAACCCACCCGCGUUGGAGACUCGAUCGUAUAAGCUACCGUCAGAGACUCGCUCAAAAGUGCGACCCUCCACAAUUACACACACAAUUUAAAAAACGAAAGACAGGGCCCGAUCCAUUAACCCAUUCUCCAAAAUUAAUUCGUCGCUUCUAGCCUCUUUCUCCGAAAUUGGAACCGUUCCAAACAACGCCGAUUCGGGUGUUGUUUGUACGUUUGUAUAAAGAUACAGAAAUGCUCGUGGUGAGUGAACAUAAGCGCCAUUACAACAAAAGAUGGUGAGCAGCAACAACACGAGCAUUAGGACUCUUCUUCUUCAUCUUCUUCUUCUCACAACUCUCCUUCUCCUCCCCUCGUUCCUUCUCAAUACCACCGAGGCUCGUGCGAUUGGAGUUUCAGCAGAACUGCAAGAUGAUUCCGGAAGAAAAACCACGCAACCUGAGAGAAGAGCGCUGAAAGGUGGAGGCCGCGGUGGCGGACGCUCCGGAGGAUCAAGCGGCGGGAGGACCCCCGGAACUGCCGUAUCAGGGGCGACAGGCGGCUCCGCCCACUCUCACAGUCGCGCAGCAGCUACGACAUCCUCUCACAGCUCCUUGGCCGUCGCGGUUUUCGCCUCUCUUUUCGUGGUUGCCGUUAUUGCCUCCGUAUAGGAUUUAUGCUUCGUUAGCAUUGUGAAUGUAUUCUUUGAUACGUUGCAAUUCUUUCUGUUUUGUUUGCAGGGGAGGAUGAGUUUGCUGAAUGCAUACCAUGUAUAGUCAUUCUUUUUCUUUGUUUGUUUCCAGAGAGAUGUUUUAUGUGAUUGAGCAAGAGUGAAACCAGGCACUGUAAACCCUAAAAAAAAGUGUUAAUAUAUAUCUCUGAAGCUGUUUUUAUAUUACAUUCA